AUGGUGAGACCAGAGAGUACGUACCCCGUCACAUGCAAGAAAAGGUGGCGAAUGGCUUUCACAGCCAUUUCCUUCGUUAAGGCCCUUCACCAUCUCUCCAAGAAAGCUCUCCAUAUCAACCCCCCAACCCUUUUCCGUUCCUUUUCUUACCUUGCCAUUGACGUUGCUCCUCCUCACGUGCCUUCCUCACGUGACAAACCCUUCAACGUUGACCCUAAAUUGCUCAGUGACAUGGUAAGGGAGAAGAUGCUCGAGUCUCUCACCCAAUUUGGAGGUGUCAAAGAACUCGCUGCACUUCUUGAAACCGAUCUCAAGCGUGGUAUAAGUGACGACAACGAUGACAUUGAUCACCGAAAACGCGUCUUCGGUGUCAACGUUUUCACGGAGCCUCCAUCCAAAGGUUUUCUUUCUUUUGUCCUUGAAGCUUUUCAGGAUACCACUAUCAUCAUCCUUUUGGUUUGCGCCGUGCUUUCCCUUGGCUUUGGAAUCAAGCAACACGGGUGGAAGGUUGGGUGGUACGAUGGAGGAAGCAUCAUAAUUGCGGUUAUUCUCGUUAUUGUCGUGUCUUCCGUGAGUAACUUCAACCAAUCUAGACAGUUCAAGAAGCUUUCUGCGAAGAGUGGAAACAUAGGAGUUGAAGUGGUACGAGGUGGUCGGCGCCAGAGCGUGUCGAUCUUUGAGGUAGUGGUGGGUGACAUUGUUUACUUGAAGAUUGGUGAUCAGGUUCCUGCGGAUGGGUUGUUUUUGGAGGGGCAUUCGUUGAAAGUGGACGAGUCCAGCAUGACGGGGGAGAGUGUUCACGUGCAUGUGAAUGGUGACAUGAACCCUUUCUUGUUAUCUGGCACGAAGGUCACUGAUGGUUCUGCAGACAUGCUUGUUACUUCUGUGGGUAUGAACACUGCUUGGGGUGCAAUGAUGGGUUCAAUCACGAGAGAGCUUGAUGAGGAGACACCUUUGCAAGUGCGUCUCAACAAAUUGACUUCAGCAAUUGGUAAGGUUGGAUUGUUGGUGGCUGCACUUGUUUUGGUGGUGUCUAUGAUACGUUACUUCACGGGAAGUACUAGAGAUGAUUUUGGGAACCGGGAAUUCGUUGGGAAAACGACAAAGUUUGAUGAUGUUAUGAAUGCGGUUGUGGGGAUUGUUGCUGCGGCUGUGACGAUUGUGGUGGUGGCCAUUCCAGAAGGGUUGCCACUGGCUGUUACUCUGACUUUGGCUUAUUCCAUGAAGAAAAUGAUGAGGGAUAAUGCCAUGGUUAGGAAGAUAUCAGCUUGUGAGACAAUGGGGUCGGCAACAAUAAUCUGCACUGAUAAAACUGGUACUCUUACAAUGAAUGAGAUGAAGGUGACUGAAGUGUGCGUGGGGAAAAAGAUAAUAACAGAAGGUGGGUAUUUGGCGCCGAGUUUAGUCCAAUUAUUGAAAGAAGGAAUAGGAUUGAAUACCACUGGAAGUGUUUACCAGCCCCUACAAACCUCUUUGGCAGAAAUUUCAGGUAGUCCAACUGAGAAAGCGUUGCUUUCUUGGGCUGUGGUGGAUUUGGGGAUGUACAUUGAUGAAAUGAAGCAGCAUUGUGAAAUCAUUCAUGUGGAGACGUUUAACUCUGAGAAAAAGAGAAGUGGGAUUUUGAUGAGGGAGAAGAGAGGAAGCAACAGGGUGCACACACACUGGAAGGGUGCUGCUGAGAUGAUAUUGGCCAUGUGUUCAAAUUACUAUGACCAUACAGGGGAAAUCAUGAUCAUGGGUGAUGAAGAAAGGGUUCAAAUAGAGAACAUGGUCAAAGGCAUGGCUACCAAAAGUUUGCGAUGCAUUGCCUUUGCCCAAAAGAGUUCCAACGGGCAGGUCUAUGAAAACAUUGAAAAGCUUGAAGAGUCGGGACUAACAUUGUUGGGGAUACUUGGAUUGAAAGACCCUUGUAGGCCUGGAGUUCAAGCAGCAGUUGAAUCCUGCAAGAAAGCGGGAGUGAAGAUCAAGAUGAUCACUGGAGAUAAUGUGCACACAGCAAGGGCCAUAGCCUCUGAAUGCGGGAUUCUUGACCCUAAUGAUGAACUCGAUGAAGAAGCAGUUGUUGAAGGCUUCCAAUUCAGAAAUUACUCACCUGUGGAGAGAAUGGAUAAAAUUGAUAGAAUCAGAGUCAUGGCCAGAUCAUCUCCAUUUGACAAACUUCUGAUGGUUCAAUGUUUAAAGCAUAAGGGUCACGUGGUGGCAGUCACAGGUGAUGGCACAAACGACGCACCUGCUCUGAAGGAAGCUGAUAUUGGACUCUCCAUGGGAUUGCAGGGCACUGAAGUGGCAAAGGAGAGCUCAGACAUUGUUAUUCUUGAUGACAAUUUCUCUUCUGUGGUCACAGUACUACGAUGGGGAAGAUGUGUGUACACAAACAUCCAGAAGUUCAUUCAGUUUCAGCUCACAGUUAACAUCGCUGCACUUGUCAUAAAUUUUGUAGCCGCAGUUUCUUCUGGAAAAGUGCCCCUUACAGCUGUCCAGCUUUUGUGGGUUAACCUGAUCAUGGAUACUCUUGGAGCCUUGGCCUUGGCCACUGAGCUACCCACCAAGGAUCUCAUGAAGAAGCCACCUGUAGGGAGAGUUGAGCCACUUAUAACCAGAGUUAUGUGGAGGAACCUCAUUUCUCAAGCAUUAUAUCAAGUGCUUGUAUUGUUGAUUUUGGAAUUCAAGGGAAGAUCAAUCUUUGAUGUCAGUGAGAAGGUGAAGAACACCCUUAUUUUCAAUGCUUUUGUCCUCUGCCAGGUAUUCAAUGAGUUCAAUGCGAGGAAGCUGGAGAAGAAGAACAUCUUUGAGGGGCUUGGUAAAAAUAAGUUGUUCAUAGUAAUUGUGGGCCUAACUGUGGCCCUUCAGAUAGUGUUGGUGGAGUUUCUGAGGAAGUUUGCAACCACUGAGAGAUUGACUUGGGAGCAAUGGGGUGUUUGUGUCGGCAUUGGAGUUUUGUCUUGGCCAAUUGGUGUGCUUGUGAAGUGCAUCCCAGUUGGUCCGAACAAUUUCGUAGAGAAGACUAUCCUUCAUGCAAGAUCUUCAAUUUAG